AUGUUUCUAUUCUGUACCUUGGGAUUCCUCCUUGGGAUGUUGGUUCCAUUCUGUGAAGCCUACUCACCAAGGGUUGUGGCCAGGAUUAACCAGGCCACCCUGGACUAUGUGGCACAGAUGGGCCGCACCGCUUUCCAGACUGCCCUGAAGAUCCAACUCCCUGAUCUGCUUGACCCAAAAGAAGUUUACUUCCAAUCUGCCCCGGUCUUUAUGCUUGACAACGACAUUUCCCACUUUGAUCUGAAAUUUAUUCCUAAUUAUGGGAUUCGCCUGUUGGCUUCUGGCCACGUCAAUAUGACAUUUUUUAUAACGAAGAAUCUCCAGAAACUAGGAGUAGGUAUUAAUAUCACAGCAGAUAUAAUCGUUACUCAAAGCACCACAGGAUCGGCACUGGUGGGCCUUUCUCUCUGCAAAUGCAUAAUUGAAGAUAUCACCGUUAUCUACAGAGAAGAUGGGUUAAACGAAGUAUUUAAUCCUAUCGAUGGAUACAUUAGGAUUCUCUUACCUGAUAAGCUAUGUUCGAAGCUCUUUUUUCUGAUUGAAGGACUGAAUGUUUAUCUGGGUACAAUGAUUGGUCUCCACCCUCUUGGUCCUGAAUCCCAGAUCAGCUACUCUUUGGCCUGCCUACCUACCAUCACCAAAGAACAUAUGUCCUUGGAUAUCAAUAUCACAUUCUACCUGCUGGGCAAGCCGAUUGUUCUCCCUCCAAAUGUGUCCUCUUUCUCUCUGCCUCAACAAGCGGGCUCUAGGAGUGCCAUGAUUAACUUUGUGUUCACAGAGGAGAUGUUUGACUCAGUCUACUUCCUCAUGCAGAAGUCUGGGUCCAUUAAUCUAGACAUCACGAGCCAGUUGAACUCUAAAAACAAUCAGCUGACCACAUCGGCGCUGGGGAACCUGAUUCCUGAGGUCCAACGUCAAUUCCCCAAUUCCAUGCCCAUAACGUUGAAGGCUCGGAUCAAUACUUCACCCGUCCCUAUGAUCCACAGCAACAAAACAUUUUUAUUGCUCCGUUACCGGGUGGAGGCCUUGGCUAUCUCCUCUAACUCAGCCUUCAAUCUCCUCUUCUCUCUGGAUAUGGUUGUGGAACUGAAGCUUAACAUUAGUAUUUCUGGAGAGAAGCUGAAGGCUAAUGUAUUAUUCCUGAAGGACAUCGAGCUUGAAGUGACUUCCUCCAACGUGGGUCCUUUUGAUUUGUCGAAGGUGAAGGAUUUAAUAAUAUCCGUGGUGAGGAAGCCCCUGAAUGAUCACCUGAAUGCACUCUUUGGCUUGGGAGCCACUCUUCCUACCAUUACUACAGUGAGCUACAUCGCCCCUGAGGUCUUUAUGUAUGAGGGUUCUAUUGUGGUGUCCUGUGGACUUCAUAUCCAGAACUGA